CUUGACCGUGAAGGCUGAGGAGGAGCUGUUCUUGAGUCCAUUCGGAUAUCCGGCAAAUAUAUAAGACCCAUCGGCCAUUUGCCUUGGGAACAUCGCAUAUGCUCUCAGUUGCUUCCCUCCACCAUCUAGCUUGCAGCAAGCAAACAAACGUUUCGGUUCGAGUCGCUUUGCGGCCGCAAGUCUUCGUUUUCUGAUCAGCGACUUCACCCUCUUGUUGGCUCUCUAGCUGCUUGCCCAGCCUCAACCAACCUCUUCGAUCUCCAGCUCCAUCACAGCUUGCUCCAAUCGGAAUGGCGUCCCCGUUGACAGAAACCUCGCCUCCCCCGACCCUCCGAGACGUCAUCGGCCACGAUGACGACGAUGACAACUUCAUCGCGGAGGAGGAGGAGGAGGAAGAUGAGGACGAGGAGGAUGAGUGGGACAUGAGCAAGCGCCUGUCCCGCCUGUCCAUGGAGGGCUCCGACGGCGGCGACGCCGACGACGAGGACGGCGGAGACGGCGAGGAUGAAGAGGAGGAGGCGGACGACGACGACGAGUUCGAGGUGCGGUCGGACAUCAACGGCGCGACGUACGGCGGCGGCGCGCACCAUCCGUGGCCCCCCUACGACGGGCUGCAGGCGGCCCCGUCGUCGGCGUCGCUCCCCGGCACGCCCGACCGCGGCGCGCAGGCGGCGGGGGCGCGGUCGUCGCCGCCGUGGUGGCCCGGUCCGAGCGGCGGCAAUAAGGAGUACGCGAGCGAGACGGAGGCGCGGUGGCCGCCCGAGGGCGGGCGCGGCGGGAGGCGGCCGUGGCAGCGGCGCGAGCGGAUGGCGCGGGAGGUGUGGCUGGAGCGCGCGUGGCGGAUGCGGAAGCAGCGGCGGCAGCUGCAGGAGGCGGCGGUGCCGGUGGUGGUCCUCGGCGGCGGGGGCGGCUCCCCCGCCUCGUUCCGUGGCGGCGGCGUGGCGAUGGACAUGGAGGAGGUCCGCGCGUGCCGGGACCUGGGGCUGGACCUCCCCUGCGACUGGACCGUGGAGAUCCCCUCCCACGCGCUCUCCGGCGUCGACACCGCCAGCAGCGGCGGCAACUCGCCGGCCUCGGGCAGCUGGCGCAUCUCCAGCCCCGGGGACGACCCCAAGGACGUGAAGGCGCGGCUCAAGGUGUGGGCGCAGGCCGUGGCGCUCGCGUCCGCCUCUCGCCUCGGCUCCUGAAGGCAGUACUACACUACUAUAUGUGUCCGAGUUCCAACUUCCAAGCGGCAACGGCGGAUCAACAACUCACCCAUUCAAGCUGUUCCUCCGGCCAAUGCGUGCAUACCUCCAAGAUAGAAACCCCCGUCAUUUCAAACAGUAACAUACGUAGUCUUCGAAUCUCAUCAUCAUCAGGGAAAAACAAAAAAAAAACGAAACAAUGCUUCUGCCAAAGUUUUCGUGUUCCAGUGCUCCAAUGUACAAAUGCGUCAUCAAUUGUGUGUGAUUAUAGCUAGGAUCAGCAUUCCUAUCCAUUGGGAAAAAAAAAACAGAAAAUCGAAAGCUAUAGGACUAGCAUGCAUAUGGUUUGGUUCGCGCAGGGUGACACGUGCAGCGCCGUGGACCGUGUGUGUGUGUGUGUUUUGCAUUGCCUGGUUGUUGUACGAGUAUAGUAAGAGCGAUAAUGCAGGUGAAGAAAACAGAACAAGUGUUUUUUUUUUUUUGGUCAUGGAUGAUGUCUGUUGUUUGGUCUGUGGGGAGCAAGGCGGACCCAACAGCUUUACAGGUGUUCUUCAUCCAUGUGUUCUAGUAGUACACUAGAAAAGGAGAUAACAGAUUCAUGCAAAAAUGGUUUUCUA